CAGUGGGGGGCAGCAGCCUGUGCCCUCUCCCCAAACGGCCACCGAGAGGUGUCUGCGAAGGGGCAGGUGGUGGCAGGGAGCAGGGAGUGACGGGCUCAGAAUAGGGCUGUGCUGCCGGGUGGGCUGGGACAGCCUGUCCUCUGUCAAGGGCCUCUGCUCAGGCUGCUCCUGCCCGCCUCGGCUCCCGUGGCGUGGGGAUGGUGGGCAACCGGCAUUUGUCUUUUUCCUCCCACAGGAACCUAUGCGUGGAGGUGGAGCUGGUGACGGUCCCUUCCACCUCGGCUCCCUGCUCUGCCACGCAAGGGCCUGCCAAGUGGCGCAGCAAGGCCACAGGAAUUGCAAGGGCGGUCCUCAGCCUGGCUUGGCAUCUGGCAGGUGCCCUUGUCUCCCUGUGGAGACAUCUGCUGAGCACACGCAUCUUUGCCAGGCAAAAGAUGGCCCCGCGGAGCAAGAGGUUGCUGAAAGUCUUCUUCCUGUGCCUCCCAGUGGCUCUGGGUGAGUUUUCAUGAGCAAACACAGCCUGGCUGUGCUGGAUGCCAGCUUUCCUUUUGGGCCAGUAUGUGUGAAACGCCCGUGGUGCGGGUGCGUCCUGAGGAGGUCCUUGACUGGCACUGGCGUUUGGACUACCGCUGGUGCUUACUGCGCGACCUCGCUGCCGGUGUGGACAACGCAGGCAAAGGGACUGAUAGAGGAGCUGACACGCGUGUCGUCGGCAAACCUGAAGAUGCUUUGGUAAGAGAGGUUUCCUGAGCUGGAACUGGUUCUGUGCAGAAGCAUCAGCCGACCUCGUGCUACCUGCGCUCACUUUCCUAACAGCCAGGGCUCCCGUACUUCCCUCCUGCCUUUGCCUUUUGCUCAGCCUGGUGCGGAAGGGAAGCACUGGCAAAGCAGGGGAAGCACACGUGUCUCUCUCUCCUCUUGCUGAGCUCAGACGCUCCCCAGAGGCGAUGGGCCGCUCUCUGACCGGAUCGGCUUUCCUGUCGUGCAGGAACUUGCCCGUUUUGGUGGUGGAGGAGACCCAAAAGACACGCUUUCUGCUGGAGGAGGUGGCUCAGCUGAGGGCACAGAUCCGCAGUUUGAAGGAAGCUCAGGAAGUGAACCAGGCAGCGUCCAAGAAGGCUUUGGGUGCCUACGUCGAGAUGUCUGACUGGGCCCUGGAAAGCUCUGGUGCCACCAUUGACACGCAGAGAACUUCCGAGACCUACGACUGCCAAGAGAAUUGGAGCUGCUGGGCUUUACGGUUCUUCCGCGCUGCCAAGCCUCCUGAGACUAUUUUGCAGGCGGAUGUUUCCCCAGGAAACUGCUGGCCUUUCCAAGGGCAUCAGGGCCAGGUGGUCAUCAGGUUGCCAGCACGAGUCCAUCUGACUGCCAUCACUGUGCAGCACAUCUCCAAAGACGUGUCUCCAUCUGGGACCGUCCUCAGCGCCCCCAGAGACGUCGCUGUCUUUGGAGUGGAUGCGGACGGAGAAGAGGAAACUCUCCUUGGGACGUUCACGUACGACGUGGCAAAAGAGUCUAUUCAGACCUUCCCUCUGAAGAACGCGCCGCUUCCCAGAGCCUUUCCGUCUGUCAAACUUCUUGUGGAGAGCAACUGGGGAAACCCAGCGUACACCUGCAUUUAUCGAGUGCAGGUUCAUGGGAAGAUGGCGCAACCAGAGAGCCCCAGGUGAAACCAGAGAGGAAAAUGUCAAACGUGAGAAAGAAGAAGAAGGGGAGGAAGAACAAAUAAAUCUAAAAGAUGUGGCAAUUGAGAUGGCUGUAGAACUGUAGAAGAUUUGUCUCCAAAGCGGGGUGCUCAAGACGUUCCACACUGCGGGAGGGGAAUUCGGGAGCGUGUGGAAAAUGUUAGAGCUUGUAUGCAAUUUUUUUCUUAAAAACGAGGAAGAUGGGAAGCAUUGCCAAGACUGAACCUAGAGAGGGGAGGCCCAGCCUGUCAGCGCUCCUCCCGCCGCCCCCGGAGGCUCCGCAAGCGGCCCCAGCCCAGGGCAGGCCGAAGGGCCCGGCUUCAGUUCACAAGAGGGAGGCUGGCCCCGCCCGCCGGCCCGCGCGGGCUCUGCAGGAGCUCCCCCAGGCUCCCGCCCACCCUCUUCCCAGCUUCUCAGCCAAUGGCGCCCGCCAGGCGGGGACAGGCAGGGCCCCCCGCCAACCACCGCAGCGCCCCUUCUCUGGCCCCGCCCCGCUGCGGCCGCGUGCCAGCGGACGAGCACGUUGCUACGGGCGCGCCCGGAGCGCCAGCCAGGGCCGCGGGUUCGAGUCCCGCCGCUGGCUUCGAGGCCCGGCGAGGUCAAGGAAUGAGGCGCUUGCUGGCGUGAAUGCCUCACGUACCAGCCACAGGGCUGCCCGCGCAGGAGGGGAAAGGUGGUUUAAUGGGAAAUUGUAGUGAUAAUUGGGUUUGAAGUACGGGUGCUUGGAAUAGCUGUUUUGGUCAGUUACUAAGAGAAAAAGAAUUUUGCCAAGGAUGUUUUCUUGUUGGGGGGUCCGAGUCCCCUGCCCGGUUUGGAAAGGGCUUCGAGUCCCCGAAGUUGACUAAGCGGGUUAGAGUCCCACUGAAUGGGGUUUGAGUCCCCAGUUUGGCCACUUGUCUUGACUGGUCUCUGAAUUUUGGCGUGGUUGUCAGAAUAUGGAUUUAUUUUUGCAUGUUCGGAUCAGAUAGUUGUUUUGGAAGUCACAUUUAAUAUGGGUGGGGAAUCGUCUAAAGGCACCGUCUUAAAGAAGUCACCUCUAGGGCGUUGACUGAGGCAUUGGAAGGGGGCUGGGGGUGGGUUCGAUCCCCUCACAAGGAAGCAGUUAACUGAGCAUUGUAAUCAUUGGUCGCCGAUCUAUACUUUGAAAAAUAAUACUAUAAUACUACUAUAUUAAAAUAAUAUGUAUUAUAAUGCAAUAAUACCAUAGUGCGGUUGAUGAUGUUUUGCAAAAGAGAAGGAAAAUGGGAUGAGAUCCCAUACGUGGGUUGGUUUUUCACGUUGCAGAGCAGCGGUUGGAAAAGGGGAAAAGAUCGCGGAUCGAUUACUAAGGAUGCAAAUGUUUUGGCCUUAGAACAAUGUUGGGACAAACCACCCACCCGCAUGAUGUUGUUCUGCAUGUAGUAUUGGUAAAAGGAGGUGUAAAAUACAAGGAGCUGGUGGAAGAGGAAGAUGAUGUAGGAUGACUAGUGGCUCCGGCACAGGGAAGUCUACAGGGAGGUAACGAUCAGUGUGGAAACAGGGAAGUUGGACAAGUGGAUAUGGGGGUGUAAAUGGUGGUGCUGAAUCACAGAAUCACUAAGGUUGGAAAAGACCUCUAGGAUCAUCAAGUCCAAGCCCUGACCCAACACCACCAUGUCUCCUAAACCAUGCCCUGAAGGGCCACAUCUGCACGUCUUUUAAAUACCUCCAGGGAUGGUGACUCCACCACCUCUCUGAGCAGCCUGUUCCAAUGCCUGGCCGCUCUUGCAGUAAAGAAGUAGUUCCUAAUCUCCGAUCUAAACCUCCCCUGAUGCAGCGUGAAGCCAUCUCCCCUCGUUCUAUCGCUAGCAAUAGAAAGUGAAGGGGGGCCGGAACGUCAGUGCUGUAGCAGGAAGAACUAGGAGACGGGGGGCAGUGCUACAAGCACCCUUAAGGCAGGCCGUGGGUCCGCCAGGAGGGUGGGUGCGGGUUCAAGUACCCUUCUCAGUAGCAGGCUUAUGGGCUUGGAAGGAGAUGGCUCGAAUGUAUGGGGAAGACGCGGCAAAGGUGGCGAAGGUAUUGGAAACUGUUGUGGAGAAUCAGGACCCGGAGUGGAAGGAGAUACAGGUGGUCUUGAAUAUGUUGUUGAGAGAUGAGGAGCAGAGGCUGUUGCGGUUGAGGCUGGGGAAGAAGCAGAAAGGGUUCACGCUCAGGAUGCACAGGCAGGAAGGCUGGAGGGUCAUUCUUGCCACCACCGAUCUGAAUCGGCACCUGAGCAGUCAGGCACAAAGGUUAUUGUGAACUGAAUAGCAGAGGUUGAUAUUGUGAGGGGCCUCUAGGCAAGAAUGCACUCAAGGACGUAAUCUCUGCGAGCGUGACGGGGAUGCAAACGACCUAGCAGCUGGCGCCAGUCGAAACCAAGGCAGAAGGAACUAUGGACACCUCCAUCUAGAUAAGAGUCACAACACCCGGUGAAACCGACACACCUUGCCCCACGCUGUGACAAGAUUACUUGAUGGGCCACCUCAUGACCAUAUGUGGAAGAAGGACUCAGAGUUCAUGGAAAGGACAGAAAAAACACCCCUUCAGCAAAGCACUAGGGACCACCCGAUACCUCUUGGGGGGCUUCUGAGGGGCUUAAAACGCACGGGUAAUUAGGAAGCAAGUGUUAGAAUUAGUUCCAGGAAAGCUAAUGCAUAUGUAUAUAACCGAGCAAGCUAAGCUUUGUCUAUCCCGCCUUGCGGUAUGCACGCUAGGAGGAAUUAUCCCCUGUGCGUCUGGCACCGUAAUAAAGAAUGCCCGCUUCGUAAUACUA